CAAUACCAGAGGAACCGCAAAUGCGUUGCCUUUAAGGUGGUGAUAAGCUCGCUUCUUGAAGGACCCUAACCUUGCCAUUUUUUGAAUUGACUGGUGACAGUAGGGCACUAGUGAGCUAUAAGACUUUAUCCCUUAGGCCUUCCUUGUCGAACUAUACUUUGUUCACAUCUCAUAGAAUAUCCGAACACGAAAACUGUCAAAGUUAAGGCAUAACCGGGUACCUAUGACAUUCGAUUUGACUCAAACUUCACGUAAGAACUUCGUACAGACUAGAAGUAGAAUAAAAUAUAUCAUAAAGUUUUAAUUUAAACCAUAAAUAAGAAAAGUUUACAUAUAUUUUAAUAAUACAAAUAAUUAAAUUCUAUAACAUAACAUAAGGGAAAGCAGUGGGGUUUAAAAAUUCCAUAAUAACUACAAGUCGUUUUUGUCUUCUUAUAAUUUCAUUACCUCUUGUUCGCCUUGUGCAUCUUACGGCUUCCUGUUCUUUCAGGGUCGAUGUUGUUAUGACGCAGUAAAUGACGUUGUAAUAACUUUGCUCCUUUUAGUAUCGAGUACAAAGUUGUUGCCAUGAAGAAAGUAUUGUUAUUUAAGAGCGUUUCGGAGGACUACGUUAAGGCUUUCUCAGAACAUAACUAUCAGACCGUAUUCAUCGAGCCUCUCCAGUUUGUGUAUGUAAACUUGCAAGAGCUCAGUGAAAAACUGCAAAACCUGCACUACCAGGGUCUCAUAUUGACCAGCCCCAGAGCCAUAGAAUCAGUUUCCAAGUGCUGGGCUCCUUCUAAAUUUGUAACAUGGAACACAAAACGUAUUUACACAGUUGGUGAAUCGAGUGCGCGCAAAGUUAAACUUUUGCUAGGUCUAGAAGCAUUGGGGUCAAGAACAGGAAAUGCAGAAAACUUGGCCAAACUCAUUUUGCAGGAGAAUUCAAGCCCAUCCAACUUUCUCUUUCCUUGUGGAAAUCUGAGUUCAGAACUAUUACCUACUAUGUUACAGUCUGGAGGGAUCAUAGUUGAUGCUUUAACUGUCUAUGAGACGAAGGAAAAUGAAAACUUGAGAUUGGAUCUGAUGAGGGUGAAUGAGAAUGAGGAAGUGUGCUGCAUGGUGUUCUUCAGCCCGUCGGGCUGCGAGUAUGUGCAGAGACAGCUGCAGACCUUCAGCAACAAGCUGGCACACCUGCCUCAUUUUGCAAUUGGCAACUCAACUGCGCACAAGAUUGAGAAUCUCGGUUUAGAAAUUGCCGGUGUGGCAGCAAAGCCCAAGGCAGAAAAUGUUUUAGAAUCGGUGGAACAUUAUUUCAGAACUUUAUAAGAUAAUGUGAAACAGGUAGUGGUGUAGGAAUUAAUUGUAAAUAUACUUAUUAUUUGGCAAAGGUAGUUCUAAGCCAUGGGGCACAUGUUGACAUGUAAUUUAGCCUUUGUUGUAAAUGAAAUUUUUUUAAUGUUAUAUUCAUAUAUGUAUGAUAUGGAUGUUUUAUUGGAUUUUAGGAAAAUUGCUGUUAUUGUUCAGGCAACAGCCAAGUCUGGCCCCGCAGAGUACCGCAGGCGCCGUGCCGACUAAUCUGUUGCCGCACGCGCAUUCACUCUACAAUAUGAAUCACUCAUUAAAAUUCCCAUAAAAAAUUA